GCUGACUUGACGUCAGGAGGAAAAUUGCCACCACUCACAACCUGUUUGUUAGUCGAGAGCGACACUUUUAUUAUUAGCUCUGUCGGCUUUAACUCGGAAGGAGAAGUGGUCGUUAAACCGGCAGACGGCGCGUCAGAGCGACGAGCUCGAAUGCUGAGGAAAAGGACGCGAAGAAUCGAAAAAGGGUUGUUGUUGUUUUUUUAACAUCCCUCAAUGUAGCUUGUUAGCUCGCUAGCUAACAGCUAGCUAACACUGCGCCUUCCUCUUCCUUCUGCCUUUUUUUUUUUUUUUUUUCUGUGUGUGUGCUAGUUUUUGUGUGUGCAUGCUAGAGCCCCAGCAGCUUGUAGGGCUAACCAGGGCCCGAAGGCGGUGUCAGGUUUGAACAUUCAUCCCGGGGCUGUCAACCGGACUAACCGACCCCCGGUCACCGAGUAGAGUUAAUGGCUGGAAAUCCGAGGAGGGGCGCGGGUCUCAUCGGCUUGAUGAAGGACGCCUUUCAGCCGCACCAGCAGCCUCCGCAGCCCCCGCAGCCCGCCGUGGUCGACAAGAAAAUGGUGGAGAAAUGCUGGAAACUCAUGGACAAGGUGGUGCGUUUGUGCCAGAACCCCAAGGUGGCACUCAAGAACAGCCCGCCCUACAUCCUGGACCUGCUGCCGGACACCUACCAGCACCUGCGCACCGUCCUGUCGCGCUACGAGAGCCGCAUGGAGAUCCUCGGCGAGAACGAGUACUUUCGCGUGGUUAUGGAGAACCUGACCAACAAGACCAAGCAGACCAUGAGCCUCUUCAAGGAGGCCAAGGAGAGGAUGUUCGAGGAGAACUCUCAGCCAAGGCGAAACCUCACCAAGUUGUCGCUCAUCUUCAGCCACAUGCUGGCCGAGCUCAAAGCCAUCUUCCCCAACGGCCUCUUCCAGGGAGACAAUUUUAGGAUCACCAAAGCCGACGCCGCCGAGUUCUGGAGGAGGUCCUUCGGCGACAAAACCAUCGUUCCGUGGCGGACGUUCCGCCAGGCCUUGCACGAGUUCCAUCCCAUCAGCUCGGGGCUGGAGGCCAUGGCCCUCAAAUCCACCAUCGACCUCACCUGCAACGACUACAUCUCCGUUUUUGAAUUUGACAUCUUCACCAGGCUCUUCCAGCCGUGGUCGUCGCUGUUAAGGAACUGGAACAGUCUAGCAGUCACACAUCCAGGCUACAUGGCUUUUCUCACCUACGACGAGGUGAAGGCUCGCCUGCACAGGUUCAUCCACAAGCCCGGCAGCUACAUCUUUAGGCUGAGCUGCACUCGCCUGGGCCAGUGGGCAAUCGGUUACGUGACGGCCGACGGAAACAUCCUGCAGACCAUUCCUCACAACAAACCUCUCUUCCAGGCGCUCAUCGAUGGCUACCGGGAGGGAUUCUAUUUGUUCCCAGAUGGUCGUGCACAGAACCCAGACCUAACAGGCCUGUGUGAACCUUCUCCACAAGACCACAUCAAAGUUACCCAGGAGCAGUAUGAGUUGUACUGCGAGAUGGGCUCCACCUUCCAGCUGUGCAAGAUCUGCGCCGAGAACGACAAGAACGUGAAGAUCGAGCCGUGCAGGCACCUCAUGUGCACUUCCUGUUUGACUGCCUGGCAGGAGUCGGAGGGUCAGGGCUGCCCCUUCUGCCGCUGUGAGAUCAAGGGCACAGAGCUGAUUGUGGUGGACCCCUUCCACCCCAAGGCCGGCGGCGGGGCUUUCGCCGGCUUCCAAGGGUCCAGCAGGGCAGAGGCGGCCGCAAACGACGAGGACGAUGAUGAACGGCUGGAGGACCACAACCUUGUCAUGAGCAGGCUGGCCUGCAGCAAGGUGGAGCGUCCUGCAUCCCCCGUGUCCCAGCUGCCUCCGGUUCCUCCCAGACUGGACCUCCUGCAGCAGAGACCUUGCAGCUCCCAGCAAGCAGCAAAGAUGGGGGCCACACACCGAGACAAGCCCCUCCCGCUUCCCCCGGCGCUGAGAGAGCUGCCGCCCCCGCCGCCUCCCGAGCGCCCCUCCCCCCUGGCGGGUCAGGACCUCAGAGUCCAGAGGCGACCGCUGCCCUGCACCCCUGACACUCCCGCCUGGGCCUCCAACUACAUGGUGCCCCGGUCCGUCUGCAAGGCGCCCGCUGCCUUCUCUCAAAGCGCUGGCGCGGAGGGCGGUAAAGCCCAGGCGGCGACCAACGCCGUGUACUGCCUGACCGCCAGGUCGCUGCCGACGUCGGCCGUGUCCAGCAGGGAGAAGUUGUCCGCCGACUGCGAGGAGAACGAGUACAUGAGUCCCACCUCCCUCCCGGCCUCUGGCGCCCCGUGGACCAUCACGGGCGCCUUGGUGCCCCCUCCCCCGCCGUUGAGCCAAGCAAACCAUCAGGACGAUGCCAGCGCUGACGGGCUUGACACCGACUCGGGGGACCCUCAGGUGUACGAGUCCAUGUGCAACAUCCAGGCCGGCUGCUCCGAGGCGACCAAUCACGAGCGUCCUCCGCACGGCUCCAUGGUCGCCCAGGCCGAGUCCCUGGAUGCCUCCUUGGAGGACGUUUACGAGUACGACUGCCCGCGACCCGUGGCCCCCCCGGCGCCCGCCAGGCGAGCUCUGUCGGAUAUGAACGGCGCGGUCAGCUCGCUCAGCAUCGACGGCGCGGUGGAAGCGAGUUUGUUCGCGUCCGAUCCGGAGCGACCCCCCAAGCCCCUUCCACGGCGGGCCAACUCGGACCGGCGGGCGCAGCGGACGCUAAACCGCGAGCUCCCCGCCCCCCUGCUGGACCGCCCCUCCUCCUCCCACACUCCACCUCCCGCCCCCUCGGCGAGCGGCGGCGUGGCACUGAGCGGCGAGAUCGAGUGUCUGAUGUCCCAAGGCUACUCCAUCCAGGACAUCCAGAAGGCGCUGAUGAUCGCACAGAACAACUUGGAGACGGCCAAGAACAUCCUGAGGGAGUUUGUGUCCGUCCCCUCCGCCACGCACAUCGCCACAUAGUCAGCCACGCCCCCUUUUCUCUGUGCGCCAUCUUCUCGUUGCCAGGGCGACUUGAACGCACGGAAACUUUCACGCCACAAAGAUUGUUCCAUCCUGUCCUCAAUGCUAACAACAUCGCUAACUAACUCACUUUCCGCACGCGCUCGCUAACGACAUGAAAAUGUGACUCUGGUACUCAUGCAGUGGAACCUCCAUUUGACAACUUCCACGUUGUGGAAGAAGCAUCGACAAGCUCAACUGUCAGUCAAACGGCCCUUUGGUGCCCUCAAAAGCGUUGAAGGCCUACUGAAAUGAGAUUUUCUUAUUUAAACGGGGAUAGCAGGUCCAUUGUAUGUGUCAUAUUUGAUCAUUUCGUGAUAUUGCCAUAUUUUUGCUGAAAGGAUUUAGUAGAAAACAUCCAUGAUAAAGUUAAAAACUUUUGGUCGCUAAUAAAAAAGCCUCGCCUGUACCGGAAGUCGCAGACAAUGACGUCACAAGGGUGAGGGCUCCUCACGUCCUCACAUUGUUUUUAAUGUGAGCCUCUAGCAGCAAGAGCUAUUCGGACCGAGAAAACGACAAUUUCCCCAUUAAUUUGAGCGGGGAUGAAAGAUUCGUGGAUGAUGAUAUUGAUAGCGAAGGACUAGAAAAUAAUAAUAUUAAUAAAAUGAAAUAAAAAGCGGCGGCAGUGUGAGCGUUUCCGAUGUAAUUAGACACAUUUACUAGGAUAAUUCUGGAAGAUCCCUUAUCUGCUUAUUGUUUUAAUAGUGUUUUAGUGGGAUUGUAAAGACAUACCUCGAGGUCGGAUGGCUGCGGUGAACACGCAGUGUCUCAGAGAGGAGCCAAGCUCACAGCUGCCUUUUAAACAGCUACUGCACGAGGACGAAUAAUCCAAUGAUGUCUCCGUUAAGAUAUAUAUCACAAUUUCCCCAUCCAAAAACAUGCCGGUUGACGUAGAGAAACAUGUUCGCUUGACUGCUCUGCGUUAAAAGAAAGAAACACCGGCUGUGUCUCGGUGCUAAAGGCAGCUGCAAUACACCGCUUUCCACCAACAGCAUUCUUCUUUAUAGUCUCCAUUAUUAAUUGUACAAAUUGCAAAAGAUUCAGCAACACAGAUGUCCAAUACUGUGUAAUUAUGCGAUGAAAAGAGACGACUUUUAGCCGUAACUGGUGCUGAGCUAAUAUUUCCUGACAGUCCGUCAUUCUGCGACGUUUUUAACAAGAAACUCCGCGGGAAAUUUAAAAUUGCAAUCUAGUCAACUAACUAUUGGCAUGUGUUGCAAUGUUAAUAUUUCAUCAUUGAUAUAUAUAGUGGGUUUCAGUAGGCCUUUAAUAACCAUAAUUGCUACAAUAAUAUAACUUUGGUGAAUGUAGAGGGCUCCGCCUUUCCAGAAUGGCCGCGCUCUAAGGCUAUCAACGGGACACAACGGAAGCGUGUUUGCCCCGAUCAAAAAAAGUUCAUAAAAUCGAGGUUCCACUGUACUUUUUUCCUGUGAUAAAAUAUUGUUUUUGAGGGGGUAAAAAAAACUGUCGGAAUACGGAAGUGAAGGCAGUGCGCUAACGUUGCCAACCUCGCUUUCUCCACCCCGGUAUUAGACGGGCAGCGGAAGAAACGACUACAACUAACACGCUUCUCGUUACUCAAUUACGACAAAAAAAUUAAAUAAAACGACUAACUCAAAAAAAAGAAGAUUUCCGCUAAACAAGUUAUUUUGACGCUCGACUGAAAAGAUGCCGAAAGGGAAGCGUUGAACACAUUCCAGUGUUUCGGACCUCUCGCUACGUAGCUGGCACAGCCAGGAGGGAUGUCUCACUCCUGCGUGGGAAUACAUGUACUUUUCUUUCCCGCAGAGAGGUCAGUAAGGGGGAAAAUUUAUAAAAGACGUAAACGUGCCUUUUGGCUGACAGAUGCUUUACCAUGAACGAGAUUAACGACUUUAAUGCUAAUACUAAAGAAUUGUUCUUUUCAUUGCCUCUGAAGACCACAUUGUAGCACAAGGUGCUCAGUGUCUCCCCCUAAAGGACAACCCUAGGACACCGCAUGUUUGAUGCUGAUAGUAAUAAUGCACUGCAGUCUACUUACUGUCUCUUUAAGACGUACCUCCCCCCUCAUGUCUUUACUUGCUCUCACAACCUGCAGGAACGGUCGAAAAAAGACCAAAUGUCAGUUUUCCUGCAGAGUUAUCAAUGAACUCCAUGUGUGUGUGCGUGUGUGUAGGUCACAAUGCAAAUUUACACGUGCUAAAACAUCUUAACUCGCCUUCUUUUCUCGACACCGACUCGCCUACUAAAAAAAUGUCUUAUGUCCGCUUUUGUUGUCUCCUUGUAAAUAUGAUUUAUUUAUUGUCUUUUUAAUAUCCUCAGCAUUUGUUGGUUGUGUUGCCAUGUUUUCAUGCCCAAGCCAUUAAGAUUUUUAAUUAAACUGUAUUUUCUUUAAA